CAUGGCAGCUCACGGUGUGUUGGACCUGACCGGGAUGCGAUAACAUCGACGUUCAGGGCGCUACAGACUCGUCAAUUUUGUGGAAGCUGUUGCCACAAGGUCACCAUGACGACCCUGAAGGACAAUCAAGAUGUGGCCUGCUAUUUCACAACAAAACAUUCCUGGAAAGGAAAAUACAAGAGGAUAUUUUCUGUGGGGACAAAAGGCAUCACAACUUACAACCCCAAUACCUUGGAGGUUACAAAUCAGUGGCCAUACAGUGAGUUCAUCAGCAUUGUGCCCAAUGUGAAGGCGCCCACAAACAAUGAGCUCGUUAUAACCAUGAAGAAAGGGCCGCGGAAAACUGACAGCAUGAGAUUCUCAACGGACCACCGGGCCGAUCUGCUGACAGAAGCCUUGAGAUUUAGAGAUCAGUUUGUUGAACAGAACAAAAAUUUGAAGAGGUUCAACGCUUACAAACACCACUGGUCGGAGAACCGUGUUCCUGUCAUUCUGGAAGUGACCCCGGCCUCUCUGAACCAAGUGGACCCCAGCUCAAACAGGGUCCUGUGCUCGUACGAUUACAAAGACAUGGAGGGUCUAGCUCAGGUGUCGGAUUACCCAGGGGGUCUAGCUGUCAUAUAUGGUGGAUUUAACAGGCUGCAUUUAUUUGCUCUGGAGCAGAGAGACGAGUUAGCAAAAAGUGUUUUAGAGUCUGCAGCCGCUUACAUUGGCAUAUCCGUGAAGCAACGGAAAGAGCCGAUCACGUUUGAACACUUCGUCACCCGUAAGAUGGGAAAAUACAGUUCUGACGAGGCCCUGACAUCAUACGCAGAGUUCACCGUACAGAAGAUUUCCCCGCGCCAUGUUGAUUCCGUGCGACGGACAAUGUGUCUGUCGGAAACGUGCCUAGUGGAGCGUGACCCAGCCACUUACAAUCUGGUGACAUGUAAACCGCUCUGUGAUGUUUUUGCAAUAAUUCGUGAUCAGGAAAAUCCCCAGAUGUUCAGUAUAGAGUACGUGAAAGGUGCUGUGCGGACAUACACGUCCACGGACAGAGAUGCACUGAUAGCUUCAGUCCUGGAUGGAGUACGAGCCUCGGGGAACAGAGAUAUUUGUGUCAAGAUGAAACCCACAAAGCGAGGCUACAGACUGGGUCCCUUCACUGUCCCAGUUGAAGAAGAAGUGGAAAGUCAACACCUCAAGUUCAUUCAAAGUCCCCCUGGAUCAAUGACAUUUGAUGAAGCAGUUGAUCGGUUUAACAGCAAUGUUUCCUACAGUGGUUUGUUACAUGCAGUCACACAGGAUGGUUUGUUUUCUGAGAACAAAGAGAAGUUAAUCAACCAGACAUUAGCGAAUCUGAUUGAACGUGAGGGUGAUCAGGCCGUCAUAUCGUCAUCGGCUCUCGAGGCUCAAUUCCACGCUCUCAGGCGACUGGUCGCUUCAAAGGCCGGGUUCAGGGCUUUCACACAGCUGCCAAAGAUGAGAGAGAAAGUUGGAGUGAAGGUGGUGAAGGCACUGAAAAGAGGGGAUGAUGGGGUGACCCACGCAGCUACGGACAUGCUCAACGCUCUCAUGCAGCCUAUGCACGAUGAUUACGAUCUUCGUCAGGAGCAACUUAACAAAUACUCUCUGCUGUCCUCGAGGAAGUUUCUGGAAACAUUGUUGGAAAUGUUCAACCAACAUGUGGUAAAAAGUACAGGGGCUCUAGUCAUAUCCGCCAUGUUGGAUUUUCUCACCUUUGCUCUCUGUGCGCCAUACAGUGAAACAACAGAUGGCUCCCAUUUCGACACGCUCCUUGAACUUGUGGCUGUCAAUGGCAGGAUAGUAUUCAAACUCUUUCAGCAUCCCUCCAUGGCAAUAGUGAAGGGGGCAGGCAUGGUGAUGAAGGCAAUCAUUGAGGAGGGUGAUGCAGAGAUCGCUGCUAAGAUGCAGGACUUGGCCCUGGGGGAGGGGGCACUGCCCAAACAUCUCCUGACCGCAAUGUUCACCCAGAGCACAGACAACAGGAUGCUAACGAACAGGCAGUUGAGUCGCCAUCUUGUAGGAUUGUGGGUAACGGGUCACCCGACGGCCAUGGGCUUACUGAGGAGACUUAUGCCCAAUGGUCUCUUGUUGUACCUGGACUCGCCUGACGAUGUCCCAGCUUCCGAGGACGAUCUCUUGCACAUUCGGGACAACGUCAAGCUAGCACAGGAUCAUCAAAACCGUAACCGCAUGAAUGCACAGUGGCGUGUGAUAGAGAAGAAGAUAGAUAACUUCCUCCAACACUGGAGAGCUCGAGUUGGACUGGAGAAGAAACAGACUGCCAAUGACAAGCCUAUAGUAUUACGGAAACGCCGUCAGAGGAUAAAGAGUGAAGCUAACUGGCCCUUAUUUUAUUAUCACUUCAACAGAGACCAUGCGAAACCCAACCUUAUCUGGAAUUACAAGACAAGAGAAGAGUUGCGAGACGCUCUAGAGAAUGAAAUCCGGGCGUUCAUGGUCGACCGUGAGCUGGGAGCAACUCACAUCAUCGCCUGGAACCACCAAGAGUUUGAGGUCCCGUACAACUGUCUCGCUGAGGAAAUCAAAAUAGGGGAUUAUUAUCUCAGGCUGUUGUUAGAAGAGGACACAGAGUCAGAAGAAACCAGCGCCAUCAAAAAAUCGUAUGAAUUCUUCAACGAUUUAUACCAUCGAUUUCUGCUGACCUCCAAGACCAACAUGAAGUGUAUGUGUCUGCAGGCCAUGACAAUCGUCUACGGUCGAUGCCACGAGGAAAUAGGGGCCUUCAAUGACACACGCUACAUCGUAGGCAUGCUGGAAAGGUGCUCAGACAAACUGGAGAGAGAUAGACUUGUACAUUUCCUCAACAAACUCAUCUUACACCCGAAAAACGUGAAAGAAAUUAUGAAUGCCAAUGGUAUUAAGACACUGGUGGACUUGUUAACCCUGGCUCAUCUACACACGACGAGAGCCACUGUUCCAUUACAGACCAAUGUGAUCGAGGCGUCACCAGACAUGAAGCGUGAGAGCGAGAAGGAGUGGUAUUUUGGUAACAAGGACAAAGAGAGGUUGGGGCCAUACAGCUUUGAUGAGAUGAAGGAUUUCUAUAAGGAGGGUACAGUCCAUGCCAAGACACGGUGCUGGGCACAGGGUAUGGACGGCUGGCGACCCAUGCAGGCCGUUCCGCAGCUCAAGUGGACGAUACUGGCCACUGGUCAAGCAGUCAUGAACGAGUCAGACCUGGCCACACUCAUCCUCAACAUGCUCAACAAGAUGACAGAGUUCUACCCAAGCAGAGAUGUUGACGGUGCAAUCGUGCGUCCACUUCCCCGAGUCAAGAGGAUUUUGUCUGAUGCGGUCUGUCUGCCACACUUAGUACAGCUGCUCUUGACCUUUGACCCAGUAUUGGUGGAGAAGGUCGCGACCUUGCUGUACAACAUCAUGCAGGAUAACCCGAACAUUUCGCGUCUCUACCUGACAGGUGUCUUCUUCUUUAUCAUGAUGUACACCGGGUCAAAUGUGGUCCCUGUGGCUCGUUUCCUCAAGUACACCCACCUGAAACAAGCUUUUCGCUCUGAAGAGUCCAGCAACUCUGAUAUCAUGGUUCGGAGCGUCCUAGGCCACAUGCUGCCCGAGGCUAUGGUCUGCUACCUGGAAAACUACUCGGCCGAAAAAUUCGCUGAAAUUUUCCUGGGAGAGUUUGAUACGCCUGAGGCCAUCUGGAACACAGAAAUGAGACGCAUGAUGAUUGAGAAGACUGCGUCGCACCUGGCGGACUUUUCACCUCGCUUGAUGAGCAACACAAGAGCACUGUACCAGUACUGCCCCAUCCCCAUGAUCAGCUACCCACAGCUGGAGAAUGAACUCUUCUGUAAUAUUUAUUAUCUGAAGCACCUCUGUGAUGUCACACGCUUCCCGGAUUGGCCAAUCAAAGAUCCGGUGAGGUUAUUGAAAGAUAUUUUGGAUGCCUGGAAAAAGGAAGUGGAAAAGAAGCCUCCAACAAUGUCGAUAGAGGAAGCCUUGGAAGUCCUGAAACUCGACAAGGGUGUCGGAGGCCAUGACGAAGGCAAAAUCCGAAAGGCUUACUUCCGCCUGGCCCAGAAAUAUCACCCAGAUAAAAACCCUGAAGGACGUGAUAUCUUUGAGCAGGUUAACAAAGCAUAUGAGUUUCUGUGCAGCAAAAGCAAAGUGACGCAUGGCCCAGAUCCAGCAAACAUAGUCCUGAUCCUGAAGGCUCAAUCCAUCCUCUUCAGCAGAUAUCAAGAAGAACUCCGCCCUUACAAGUACGCCGGGUACCCAAUGUUAAUCAAGACCAUCAAGAUGGAGACCCAUGACGACUCACUGUUCUCUAAGGCAGCUCCCCUUUUAUCCGCGGCCAGCGAGCUCGCAUAUCACACUGUUAACUGUUCUGCUCUCAACGCUGAAGAGCUCAGGAGAGAGAAUGGAAUAGAGGUGUUACAAGAAGCCUUUGCCAGGUGUGUAAAUGUACUGAACGCAUCCAGUACAGAAUCAGAUGUGGCUGUUCAGGUGUGCACAAACAUCACGAAAUGUUACGCGGUGGCGUCUCAGUUUGAGGGAUGUCGCGACAAGAUUCAGGAGCAUCCUUCCAUCAUCAAAGAUGUCUGCCGGAUACUUUAUUACAAAAAUGUGCCUCGCCUGUGUCAGGUGGUCGCUGAAUGCGUCAGCGCAUUCUGCGUGGACUUCUGGCUACAAACUCACCUCUUCCAGGCAGGGGUUCUCUGGCACCUCUUACUUUACCUGUUCAACUAUGAUUAUACUCUAGAGGAAGGUGGUGUGGAGCGUAGUAACGAGUCCAAUCAGCAGGAGGUAUCAAAUAUUCUGGCCAGGCUAUGUAUCCGCGCCUGUGGCAGGCUGGGUGGAUAUUUCCCCCAGGACAGUGAACUCUCCACACCAGACAACCCCACCAUCAAGAAGUCCCUGUCUGCCAUGCUCACACCCUACCUGGCACGGAAACUGGCCAAUGAGCAGUCACAAGAGUUGUUGAAGAUCCUGAACAGUAACACGGAGGACCCGUACCUGAUCUGGGACAACGCCACGAGAGCACAGCUGAUGGAGUUCCUCACAGACGAGCAGCUCAAGAUGAUCAAAACUGGCGAAUGUGACCCCAGUUUUGGAGCCGACUUUGUGUUUGAUAUUCACGCUAAAGAGUUGAUUGUGGGAGAAAUCUUUGUCAGGAUUUAUAAUGAGCAACCAACAUUCCCAUUAGAGAAUGCCAAAGGUUUCACGAUAGACCUUCUGGAUUUCUUAGGAUCCCAGGCUCAGUAUCUCUACUCACUGAUGUCCCUCCAGCAGCAGGGCAAGCCGGUGACAGCAGCUGGCUCAGAGCGGCUGAAAAGUGUGGAGUUGUCACUGGAAGCUCUUCGCAAUGUCAUCAAAAACAAUCCAGCCAAUCAGGUCAAUCCACUCAUGGGAGUGGAGAUUCAGUGUAUAGGCCAUUUUAAGCUUCUCUUCUCGCUGUUAAGACUGGACAACUGUGCCAAACUCCAGCAGUAUGCUCUCGAGGUGAUCAACAAUGUGGCGGCCAAUCAGGAGUGUGUAAACGACAUUGCUGCCUCGGAAGUGCUGUCCUAUUUAUUACUAGCCAUUCAGACCCUGCCAGGCUGUCGGCUGUUGACCUUGGAAAGUUUAUUUUCCUUGAUGUCAAGUACAAAAAUUGUCAAGGAAGCUCUGGCCAAAGGUGCUCUGGUCUACUUGUUGGAUUUGUUCUGUAAUGCCACAAACCCACAGGUGCGACAGCAGACCGCGGAACUCUUCGGUAAAAUGCUGUCUGACAAACUAGUCGGCCCGAAAGUCCGUAUCAUCCUUAACAAAUUCCUGCCAAGUAUUUUCAUGGACGCCAUGAGAGAUUCUUCUGAGGCAGCUGUGCAUAUGUUUGAAGGAACGCAUGAAAACCCGGAGUUGAUCUGGAAUGAUGAAGCCAGGGAAAAGGUGUCAGCAGUGAUCAAAAAGUUAAAAGACAAGCACUUCAAACUGCAGAAAGACAACCCAGAUGUUCGGUGGAAUCUUCCCGAAGACUUCAACGUGGUUUACUCGGACGUCCAGGGCGAGCUGGUGGUCGGAGGCGUCUUCCUACGGCUUUUCAUCUCCAACCCUGGCUGGGUGCUGCGCAAACCCAAAGAGUUCCUGACAGAGUUGUUUGAGAAAUGGGCUCAGCUCACCAACAACAGCACAUUUGAUGGUGAGAUGUUAGAAACUGUGACGACAGCGGUGGUAUGUUUGUUCCAAGCUCAGUCCAACCUGAUUGAUCAGGUACCACAGAUGGGAUACAUCCCCAAAGUUUUUAAGUCCAUGACAAACAAAAACGACGCCAUUCCAAAGUCCGCCAUACAAAUCGCUCACCAGCUAGCUCAGAAUGAGACAUGUGUCCGUAGCAUGGCCCAGAUUGACUGCAUCGCUCCAUUCAAGACUGCGAUGAAACUGCGACGAGAUAUGAUAGCGCUGGCAGCUGAGGCGCUGUCCAAGAUGUUUGAACGCGGGGAAGACGAGUUAGUACAGCAAGCCCUGCAGGCGGAGCUUGUUCCCUUCUUGUUACGCCUGCUAGAAGGUGGCCUGCAGGCAUUGGAGAAUCCAGCAGCAACCAAAGCUCAGCUUGUCAAGGCAUUGAAGGCAAUGCAGAGGAGCCUGCAGUUUGGUGAACAGGUGACAAGUAUGUUAGACAAGUCAACAGUGUGGAAGGAGUACAGAGACCAAAAACACGACCUCUUUAUCACAGAUUCCAAUAUAUCCGGCUACCUUACAGGUGUUGUUCAAGAUACAGGUCCUACUGGCCCAGGGGUUGCCGGUUACCUUACAGCGGGCACAAGAACUGCCAUGCCAGAUGCCCCGCCCCCUAUCGACCAUGGACACCCACAAGACGACCUGCACUAACCAACCAAUCAAUCAGAUUGGCCCAUGCUCACUGAUUGACAUGUUCAAUGAUUGACACGUUCUUGUUUGUUGUUAAGUUUGCUUUUCUGUGAAGAUGUUGUUGUAUACUUCCUGAAGCCUUUAACUGAAAAAUUUGCAGUAUUCCAAUCAGUUUUCUUUGAAAGAAAAGCAAAACAGAAUCCAGCCCAAAUAAGAUAUCAUCAUCAUGUGUUCAACCAAUCCUGAUUAAGAAUGACUUGUAGCCCAAGUGGUUGAAUUACUGUUCAACACAGCAGUUAUUAUUCAACCCAUGUGAAUUACUACUCAUACCCAUGCAGAUUGCAAUAUAAACCAUACAGAUUGUUACUCAACCAACUUGAUUUGCUACUCCACCCAUAAAAAUUACUGUUUGACCGAUAUUCAUUGCUAUUCAACUCAUACAAAUUGC